AUGAAACGAUUAUUCGGGGUAAUUAUUCGGACAUAUAUAAAGUAUAAUAAAAAAUUUAAUUUUAAGUUUUUUAUUCCUGAGACUUUAGAAAUGCUAAAUUGUUUUGAAAUGAAUUGCAGACCGGCACUGCUUACAAUGCUGAAUACUUCAAUAAAAGAAUUUAAAAAUUUAGAAACUCAAGAGAAGGUAGUGAAUUUAUUAGAGGCGUCCAAGACUCUUGGCCUAUAGACUUGACUCAGGACUUUCCUUGGGGUCUUGGUCUUCAUGUUCUUAGGGAGAGUCUUGGGUCUUGCGGUCCAAUUUUGAUUUUGGUCUUGCGGAUUGGAAAACUUUCGUUCUUGAGCAUUACUAUUUAAUUUUUUUUAUUAUUAUACAGCUCGAAUUGUUCGACUCCUGCUUUAACCAAUUAAAUUUCCUAAAUUGUCUCAAUUUAACAAUUACCAAUUUUCACUCGGAAAAUUAUCUUGUUGAUAAAUUUAUGCUAGCCUAUGGCCAUUUGUUUGAUUUUGGGUUUGCUGAUAAAAUAAUUAAUUAUUGGGUGAAGGAUAUGCUAAAUAAAGAGGAUUAUU